AUGUUCUCUCAGCAGACUGGCAACUUCGCAAAGGCUGCCGCGGCCGCCACUGCUUCUGCGGCCGGAUACUAUGCCUGCCACGUCUACCACAACACCACCGCGGUGGACACGCCAAUAAUCGCCUCACUGAGCAUUCUCGACUCCUCCGCCAGUCCAGAACGGUCACGGAGCUGA